GAGGAGGAGGAGAGGAGAGGAGGAGGCGCUGGUGAUGCUGAUGCGAGAGCUCUCGGUGUCUGCGAUCAACAUCGGUGGACAGAACCCCGCAUGAUGGAGCUCCGCGGCCUCGGCUGGACAUCCUUCUAGUUCUGCUUGUUUCUACUUCCUGUCCUGAAACCGGCAGCCGGCGACGCGGAGGACGACGCCGCGAUCCGCGGAGGAAAUAACGGUUUCCACUCGUCACUCUCCCGGCCUGUCCGCACAGGUGGACCGACGUCGUGAAGAAGAAGGAGGGGGAGAAGGAGGAGGGAAACGGAGACAUAACGUUGGAUUAAAACCCAAAACAGCUCCGGAACAACAAAACUGCUGUUUUUUUCUGUUGGGUUUAAAACGGGCGGAUGUGUUUAUGGCGUUAGCUGCUAGCGGCUAAUUUCUGUAGCUAGUCGGCUAGCAGCCGCCUCGACCAAUGGCGGCGGAGGAUUAGCUGCGGGGAGGAGGAGUUAGCGGCGGCGGCCCGGCGUUAAACCCGUGCGGGGCCUCCUUCCCGCUCCCCGUGGAGCUUUAAACCCGGCGGCUGGAAGUCGUUUGGUGCUCCGAGGUUUGACGUUAGUUUCUGCCCCAGAGCCAGACGCCUGUGCUGGCCGCGGUGAGAGCAUGCCGGGGCCGACGAGCAGCGGCCAGCCCGCCGCGACACAGAAGCCCGAACGCGGCUCCUGGUUGAAGGUAACGCCGUAGAGGUGUGGACGCUGGUUUUUAUCACACCUGCUGCCGCUAAUUAACGCUUUAUUGGAAAGAAUCACGUUGUUUUAUUUUUAUUGACAUAUAUAUAUAUAUAUUUGGUGAGGCGUAACUGAUUAUUAAAGGGAACUCAGACAGACUGACUGGAGAACCAGCGAGGUGAAUGUUGCGAUCAUGGCGGCGACGCUGAAGAGCCGCGUCCCGACCGCCGCGGUCAGAUAGGCGCUUCCGGGCAUGGAGCCCACCGUGGUGUCGGGGCCCCUGGGGCUCGCUCCGUGGGAGCCAGAGCAGCCUUUCCCGCUGGGCUUUCAGACGGUGGGUCCGGACGGCGGGGGGGCGCUCGGUCCCAACAAGGCCGGACAUGCAAGCCUGGACUUCAGGAAAGGAGAGCAGGAGCAGCCCGCGGAGCCGCCGGGGGCCCUGGGGGGCCUCCUGGCCGGACAGCCUGCCAUCUCCCAGGCCAACGCUUACCUGCAAGGCUUGACUUUCAAAGACACGUUUGACGGACUGGAUGAGCUCAGCGACAGCGCUCUGUCGUGGCUCUUCUCCCCGGCUUUGACCGAGGCCAUGGGGAAGCCACCAGGACCGGCUCCCCCUGCCGGGAGCUCAAACGGCCCCGGCGUUCAGGGGGACCUGCCCUCCUCUCCUUCCAGUAUCUCCAGGAGGAGCUCUGGACCCGGGGAGGAGGAGCCGUUCCUGCUGGUGGACCUGUCGGAUGGACCUCCCGGUCUCGCCCAGGCCGGUGGGGGGGAGCCGGCAGACCCGCCUCCCUCGCCCAGCCGGACCGCCUCGUCACCUGAAACCAGAGAAACCAGAGAUCAGGUGACCUGUGCGGCGGUAACCAGGUGUGCCGCUGAGCAGAGUCCACCUGAGAGCCGCCUCAGCACACCGGGCCUGGACUGUGGAGCACCCCUGGUUCUGUUGGACUCGCCGGUUCCGGACGGUGUCGCCCCGGCUGAUGUGCCGAUCGCUCCUUCGCAGGACAACGGGUCGCUGGCUUUGGGUCCGUGGAGGCUGACGGUGGAGGAAGAGGAAGAUGCCUGCCUUCACGACGGACCCGCCGGUGACCCCCCGGGUGGCGGUUCUGUGGACUUGAUGGAGAACCAGAACUGUUCUGUUGCUAAAACCGAGUCCAGCCAGCGGGAGAUGGCGUUGGACCUGUGCCCGGCUGCUGAGGACGUCCGAGACGAAGACUCCUGGGACUCAGAGGAGCAGGAGGCGGUAAAAGGAGGAGAGGAGAGGCCGACGGACCCUAACCCGCCCGGGGAACCCGACUCGGGGGGUCGGUCCCCCCAGGCCCCCCUGUCCGGGGUGGGGGGGCAGGCUGUAGACACCAGACCAGAGGACGCCUCUCCGCUGAAGGCCGUGUUCGACGCUUUGGACCAGGACGGAGACGGCUUCGUCCGGAUCGAGGAGUUCAUGGCGUUCGCGGCGGCCUACGGGGCCGAUCAGGUGAAGGAUCUAACAAAGUUUCUGGAUCCCAGCGGUCUCGGGGUCAUCAGCUUUGAGGACUUCCACCGAGGAAUCUCUGCAAUUAGCAAUGGAGGCCCAGAACCGCAGCUCUACAGCUACAGUCCGGGCGACGGCGCCGCGGGCUGCCCAGAGGAGUACGACGAGCAAAAUGAGGUGACGGACAGCGCCUACCUGGGCUCGGAGAGCACCUACAGCGAGUGCGAGACCUUCACGGACGAGGACACGGGGGCGCUGGUCCCUCCAGAGAUGCACGAGGAGGUGGAGACGGACAGCGGCAUCGAGGCCACGCUGCACGACCCGGAGGACGGCGGAAGCAGGUUCUCCCUGAGCUCGGAGCUGCACAGCCACUCCUUGGUGACGGUCAUCAGCGGAGAGGAGGAGCACUUUGAGGACUUUGGGGAGAGCAACACGUCGGAGCUGCUGGAGACGAGCGUGGAGGGCUCCAUGGGCGGGGGGGACUCCCCCCUGGCCGAGCCGGCCGAGCAGGUCAACGGCUCGUCUGUCGUCUCUCCCAGGUUCUGCUGCUGGAGCGCCGUGUGGCCGAGCUGGAGAAGGAGUCGGAGGCGUCGGGCGAGCAGCACGCGCGGCUGCGUCAGGAGAACCUGCAGCUGGUGCACCGGGCCAACGCCCUGGAGGAGCAGCUGAAGGAGCAGGAGGUGCAGGCCGACGAGGAGCUGCAGCAGGAGAGCCGCCGCCACAAGGAGGCCCUCAGCAAGCUGGAGAGGGAGAAGGGGCUGGAGCUGGAAAACCUGCAGGCCAGGCUGCAGCAGCUGGACGACGAGAACAGCGAGCUGAGGUCCUGUGUCCCCUGCCUCCGAGCGAACAUCGAGAGACUGGAGGAGGAGAAAAGGAAGCUCCAGGACGAGGUGGAAACGGCGUCCGACCGGCUGAACGAGGAGACCGAAGCUCGCAGGAAGAUGGCCGACAAGCUGAGUCACGAGCGUCAUCAAAACCAGAAGGAGAAGGAGAACACGCAGGAGCUCAUAGAGGACCUGCGUAAGCAGCUGGAGCACCUUCAGCUGUACAAGCUGGAGGCCGAGGCCAAGCGAGGCCGCACUCCCGGCGCCGGGCUGCAGGAGUACCAGAGCCGGACGCGUGAAGCAGAGCUGGAGCAGGAGAUCCGACGCCUGAAGCAGGACAACCGUACCCUGAAGGAGCAGAACGACGAGCUAAACGGCCAGAUCAUCAACCUGAGCAUCCAGGGAGCCAAGAACCUGAUGUCCGCCUCUUUCUCAGAUUCUCUGGCAGCGGAGAUCAGCUCCGUGUCGCGUGCAGAACUGAUGGAGGCCGUUCACAAACAGGAGGAGAUCAACUACCGACUCCAGGACUACAUCGACAAGAUCAUCGUGGCCAUCAUGGAGUCCAACCCGUCUAUCCUGGAGGUCAAAUAGACGCCGUCUGCCCUGAGGACGGACAGACAGCUCCUCAGGCUGUAGACUUAUUUAUAACGAGCAACUGGCAAGAAGGAAACGAUGGGAGAAGAUGUAUAAAUUAAUUUAUUCGGACCUCCUUGCAGCGCUCACAACUCCAAACUUCUUCCUGAGACGAACGCUGAUGGAUUUCCACGAAGUUUAAAGGCUGUCGGGGGGGAAAUAAGCUUGUUUUUGUUUUGUUUCUGUUCAGUUUGUCUGUUUGCGCCCCACAACUCCUCGGGUUCUGGUGACUUCCAUGAAUUUGGCCGGAGGAACCCCCCCCCACCCUAAUGAUAGAUUCCCUCCUCCGUUCUCUACAAUCAGCUUUUCCUGGAUCUAAAAUAAUCGACUAGUUCUACCUAAAGGCCUUAAAGCAAAGUUGAUGAAAGUAUUUCAUUCUACAAAAUGCACCAUAGUGACCCGUAGUGACCAAUCAGAGGCCGCCUGAGCCACGCUGAACCGCGUUUGAAUCACGAGCCGCAUGAAGCGCUGGACGUCGGGGCCGGUUCUCCCGAGGAAGUUCUGGAGGGUUCCGUUUAGUGUUUGUGUGUCCUGUUUGAGGUUCCCUUGCUUUUUCUACGCUUGUGUGAAGAACGGCGACGCCAAUAUGGGAUGAAAAGUAUAAAACAAUCAUUCUUGCAGGGAUCAAAGUCAGA